CACGUGCGCUACGGUGCCAAGAGCAGGAGCCGCGCCGCACGUGCACCGACGGUGCCCGCUCGACCAGCCCCCAGCAGCCCACCCCGUCGUCUCCACGUGGGUGCCGGGCGUCCGCACAUCCUAAAGGGGGCCCUUGGGACAUGCCCCUUCCACUCCCCCAUCCGGUUGCUUUCUCGCUCGCUCGCUCGCCCUAUAAAUUGUCCACCGGCACAAGAGGCGACAGCAGUGGUCAAGCCAGACUCGAGCGGUAACUGAGCGAGAGACAACAGCAGCAGCAACAGCAGCGUCUUAAAUACGCGAGCACGCAAUUUUCUUAUUCGCGAGGGUGUAUGGCCACGUAGGCCUCUCUCUCUUUUUUUUUGGUGCGCUCUUCACAACGAGUCGUCGAGGCUGUAAGGAAGGACAUAGCAGAUUGUUUUAGUGGAAGGGUUCGAGAGAGAGCUUCUUCUUAGCUUGACAAUGCCGCGCGAGUUGACGCAGACGAGGCUACAGAAGAUUUGGGUGCCAUGUGGCAGCGACGCACCGGCAAAGGAACCGAUACGCCGGGGCAAGAGCGCGUGCGUUCCACGCCUCACAAACUCCCCGACCGUGAUAGUCAUGGUUGGGCUGCCUGCCCGUGGCAAGACCUACAUGUCCAAGAAGCUGUCGCGCUACCUCAACUGGGUUGGCAUUCCCACCAAAGCGUUCAAUGUUGGGCAGUACCGCAGGGAAGCCACGCAGCUCUACAAAUCGUACCAGUUCUUCCGGCCAGACAAUGAGGAAGCCAUGAAGAUCAGAAAACAUUGUGCCCUAGUUGCCUUGGAAGACCUCCACAAGUAUCUGAAGGACGAAGGCGGGCAAGUUGCGGUGUUCGACGCCACAAAUACGACACGUGAGCGCAGAGAGCUCAUCACCAACUUUUGCAACGAGAACUGCUACAAGGUGUUCUUCGUGGAGUCCCUAUGUGACGACCCUGACGUCAUUGCCACCAGCAUCACCGAGGUGAAGGUGAGCAGCCCCGACUACAAGGACUGCAACAAGGACGACGCCACCGUGGACUUCAUGAAGCGUAUCGAGUGCUACAAGGAGACUUACCAGCCUCUGGACGACACCUGGGAUAGGGAGAUGUCGUACAUCAAGAUCUUCAACGUGGGCCGAGGCUUCUUGGUGAACCACGUGCAGGACCACGUGCAGAGCCGCAUCGUCUACUACCUGAUGAACAUCCACGUGCAGCCGCGCUCCAUCUACCUGUGUCGGCACGGGGAGUCCGAGCUCAACCUCAAGGGCCGCAUCGGGGGCGACCUGGGACUGGCCGAUCGCGGCAAGCAGUUCGCCCAUGCGCUGUGCUCCUUCCUUUCGGAACAAAACAUCAAGGACUUGAAGGUGUGGACGAGCCAAAUGAAGAGGACCAUCCAGACAGCCGAGGCACUGAACACCACCUACGAGCAGUGGAAAGCCCUCAAUGAGAUUGACGCCGGAGUGUGCGAGGAGAUGACAUACGAGGAGAUUCAGUCAUCGCAUCCUGACGAAUUCGCGAUGCGUGACCAGGACAAGUUCCACUACCGCUACCCCAAGGGGGAGUCGUAUCAGGAUGUGGUCCACCGGCUGGAGCCGGUCAUCAUGGAGCUGGAGCGGCAGGAGAACGUGCUGGUCGUGUGCCACCAGGCGGUGAUGCGCUGCCUGCUCGCGUACUUCCUCGACAAGUCCUCCGCUGAGCUUCCUUAUCUGGAGUGUCCACUCCACACUGUGCUCAAGCUGACGCCAAUAGCCUACGGUUGUCGAGUGGAGUCGUUUUUUCUCAACGUGGAGGCUGUGAACACGCACAGGGAAAAACCAGAGGUGUAUGGUCAAGUUUCAAGUUUAUUUUAACCAGAACGUGAGUGUCUCGCGCAAGUCAGCGGAGGCUCUCAAGACGGUGCCGGCGCACGAAUGAGGGAGCGGCCCACUGCCUCCCUCCCUCCCCCAGCAGCAGCCGCCCCUCCAGCCAGCUGGACCCUGCUGUCCAUCUCACCCGCCGUCUCUUUCGCCUUCUCAAAAGUGCCAGUUCUCUUUUGUCCAGCUGUGGACCGCAGCCAAUGGGGCGUCGCAGCCAGAUUUGAACGUCGUGCGAGGACUUAAUUUACAACGUUCACAAAGGGUUCUUGAUUUUUCAUUAAAAAGCCACUUAUGUGUUUUUAUUAAUACUUUUAUACCACUGGAAAGAAAUUACUUUUGCACAUGAUUAAGAACAAAUUUUUGUUUUGGUCCGCGUUGAAAUAUGGCACAGAUUAAAUUAGAUGUUUUGUUUUAAUCGUGUAAGAGUUCACUAUUGUUUUACACAAUGUGUGAGUGUAUAUAGGGUCUAUGUGGGUAAUUAUUUCCAUUGUCUUAGACGACUUUGCCAGUACGUGUGGCCACAUGUUCACAGCCAAAUUGAACAUGUGAUUGUGCCAUUUCCAGGGUAGAAGUGUGAGAGGUGUGUGGAUUUCAUCCAGUGUUGCUCCUGUGACAUUUCAUUGAUCAUGGGGUUUUGUGGUUGCUAGUGCUGAAGAUAAAGACAUUUUGGAACCGUAUUCCUCGCCAUUAAUUCUUGAAGCUGGUACAGGGUCUCCUGCCAAGUCUAAAUUUGUGGCAUGAUCAAUAUAUACUCACACGUACUAUAAUGCAUAGUCUUGUAUCAAUCCAUUGGGGAAUAAAAGCCUCCCCAUGCAAUUCGGCAGUAAUGGGGGUUGUUGUUUGAUUGUCAGUUCAGAUAUCGCUCGUCACUGGUAUUAGCCAUGGCUGGGAAUUGAACUCAGGUUUCUUAUGAAUGCUCUUGUAUGUCGGCAUGAUUGGUGUGCCUACGCUCCCUAGUCAUGACGUCUAUCUCUGUGUAGGAUUUUGCACGUGGCCCUUCAAAAUGCCAGUGACUGUGUUUAGCCAGAGGGCUUCCGGAUUAAGUAGAUUUGAGUUUGUUGGAUUGGUUAGGUCUUGUACCAGAAAAAAUAGUUUAUGCCUCAUGAGUUGGUCCGAAAUUUGGCAACUGUUUAUCUAAAAAAAACUAUAUAAUAUCAUGAGUACUUGCAUGCAUGGUGAUUUGACAGCGAUUAUAUAUUUUUUUCAAAGAUCCUGCGGUUUAUGUUCUGGUGCUGCUGGCUGCACUGAAGUUUAUGUUGUGACAGGGGAUAGAGGCGGAAGCCAGGGAAGAUUUCAUUUCUGCUUGAAAACUACUCAUCUAUGCGCACAAGUCAUUAAAUGACCAAUGCCCUAAAAAAACACAUCUGCAAAUUUGCAUGAAAUAGUGUUUAUACAAUGUGCUGAAUGAGCUAUCAUUGCACAGUAUACAAUUAAUUUUCAAUAUACAUACACGGGUGUAUGUAUAUGAGUAUAAGCGGCCAUUAUCACCUGUGGACAUUCUCAAUCCACUACAGUUGUCCCAUAAUGCUAGAUUUAAACUAAUGUUAAUUGUAAUCUACAGCACUUUCUCAAUUGCCCGCUGGAUGAAGGCCUCCCCAUGCCGUAUCGGUUCAUUGCCGUUUUGUUUGACCAUACUUCUUCACACUGACCACGCUGCUGGUUAGUGUGGGUUGGUGUGUGGGGGGGGGGAGGUCCAGGACCAGUUCAGAUGUCGGUCCCCAAUCGUGUUAGUCGCGGCCGGGAAUGGAACGCGCGUCGCCAGCUUCAGAACGCAGUGCGCUAAACCACUGCGCCCACACAGUUGACAUUAUCUGAUGCGAAAUACGCCUGUUGACUUUUGACAAAAAUCGGCGACAUGGGUACAGUUGAUAGUUACUAUUCACUCUUUCCUUUAAUGUGAAACUACACAGAACGUCUGUCAGAUUUCAUUGGCAUUUUCACAAGUGGAAUGUCACUGUGGCGUUGAGCCGUGACAUUGCUGUUGUACCUUACGAUAUUGUGAUAAAACGCCACUAUCGCCCAACGCUGAUCAAGGCAGGCUUGUGGUUAUACAUAAAAUAAUGUAUGACGUUUGAAUUUCAGGGUUUCUGUGCAACAGAAUUUAUAUAUAUAUAUAAGCUAAGGUUAGUCUAGAGCGGGUUAUUUGUAGUUGUCUAUUGCAUAGCCUUCGUGUUUGGUAUACAAAAUGUGUUAAUUGAGUCUGUAAAUUGAGUUUAAGUGAUGUGAUUUUACUUUAAAUCAGCUGUUAAUAUGCGUAUCAUUAGUGCUGGGAAAGGAAAUUGUGGUGUAAAUUGUCAAAAAAUUUCAUAGAAAAUAAGGCUUUCGAGUUGACCGCAUUACAAAUCUUUUUGAGACUGUCCGUGUAAGAAUGGCGCAGGCAAACCUAACAUUACAUUGAAGACUGCAAACAUCAUGGGCUGCCUUCAGAAAACCAUUGUGCCCAUGCGUAUUUGUGAGGUUUUUUUAAUUAUCAGCUUCACAGUGCCUGCUGCAUUCACACAUAUAACUUGCUUUAUGUCAUCGUAAUCCACAACCAAAAUCUGUUUCUUGCAGGGUUGGGGUGUGCGUUUUGAGGCCAUGCUGUGCGAGUGAUUGUAUGCGAAAUGAAAUUCUUCUGUUUAGUUAAAAUUAUUUGCGAAAUGCUUAUUUGGAUAUUUGGGAUAAAAAGUCAUCCCUGGAUGGUAGUGGACAUCUUGGUUGAAAGUUGAGGUUGGUUGUUGAACUUUAAUCGAACUACCUCUUCUGUAAUGUAAGAAGCAAUAACAUGAAGAUAAAUACUUGUCAAUUGUGUUCGGAGUCUUGAGUGAUUUGAAACGGACAUCUAUCGCUGCAGGAUAAGAUCAUUUCAUCUUGCGUUAGAUAGUCUCGCAAACUGUUAAGUUUGUAUGGUUAGGCUCCAACAGCUGUAACACACGGAGAAAACCAAUUCCUUAAAUUGAUUCAAUUGAUGUGUGUCCAUUGUACAAGUCAUAUCCACGUGCAGAUUACACCAUUGGUAGAAAUGAGGUUUAGUUUUUUUUCUAAGGGGUUGGUAAAAAGUAUUGGGAAAUCGGAGAAGGGAAAUGUGGUGUACAUUGGAUUUUAAUUCUUGACGCUUGGGCUUGCAAGAAGAAAGUGGUGAAUUUUAUGUUUCAAUUUAACUUAAGUGUAGCAUUUAUUGUAAUAACUAACCAGGUCAUUAAUCUUCAUUUUUUUAAAUCACUUCUCAAAACAGCUGAAUGUAGGAUAUAACGUUAUUUAUAAACAGACACAUUUGGCAAAAAAAAAUCCGUGAAGACAAAUUACUUGAAACCUUUUCCUUGACAUUUAGUUUGGGGAAAAACACAACUCCAAAUAAAAACCUAACAAAUCCUGUGGAUAUUAUGAAGAUAAAACUCAUUUGAAGAGGUGAUUGUGUAGUGCUUUAGGCAUACAUAGGCAGGAUAUUGCACCGUUGAUACGCACAGUAAGCAGGUUGCCUUCUCGAAUUGGCUCGUGAUAGCUACAUCCAACAAAUAUAUAACUGUUGAAAUGCAAAUCUGUAUUGUAAAGGAUUUUCUUGCAUCGGGGCCAUCCAUUGAGUAGGUACGCAAAAAUCUGUCAACUUGUCCCCUCCCUGUACGCACGCAUACUUUUUACACCCCCCCCCCCAAUCCUAUAGAACGGACGAUAUUUAAUCCACGCAGAAACGAUGAAGGUUUAAUAAUAUUAACGUGUUUUAAGCAAACAGUCCACCGCCGGCUGCAUUAACGAAUGAAGUUGCGCACCUUUAAAACGUUUGUCUGGUGUCCGCUCGGUUCAAACGCCAAUUGAACCCAGUUGGACAGGUGACGCAUUAUAGGGGUUUCGUCAACAUGUCAAUGUCAGGCUGAAGCACAGCAGCGUGAUAGCUGCAGUCUGUUGGGCCGUCGUCUCAAGAUCCACAGCGUCGCUGGCGUGAUCAUCAUCAUCAUCCAGCUUUUGAUUGUUCUCACGGUCAGAAGACUGAUUAGUGUGACUGCGCUAGUGUUGUUUGACAGUGGCCUGCGGCAGCUAAAACCUUGAGCCAGCGGCAGUCUGCAGCGAGGCCAGAUUGCAGGAUAUAUGACCCAUGGGGCAGGCUGCCACUGUCAGACUCACUGCUGAGCUGCGUGAUAGCUGCAGCCAGGGGCACGGUGACACACAAGUGACACUUCUCCCACAGUCCCACUUCUCCCGGCAGUACUUGUCUGACAGCUGAAGAAACUGAGCUGUGGCUCAUUUGAAGGCCAAUGUAUACAAAUUAUUAUCGAGGCUUCACCCCCCCCCCCCCCCGUUUCCUAUGCGUACGUACUAAAUGGAUGGCCCCAUACUGGCUUGAAAUUACACUUAUUUUAUGUUUUUAAACACAAACGUGGAUAAUGCAGCCUUAUCGCUUAAGGUAAUCACAAUGGUAUAUCAAUGCAUUGACUGCGAGCGAUUGUUAAGCUCGCGAUACCGCCAACAAAUAGCGCGUGUAAUGGAUGCUUUUAAAUGUGUAUGUGUCUGUACUUGGUUAAUAUUACCGCUGCAGCCACAAAACAUUCAGUCCACCCAGUAAUGUAAAUGGAUACAUCUGUCGAUUGGCAAUUCACAUGGGGUGGUGUAAAGUGAUGUCUGGCCAACGUGGGAGACUGCCGAUUGCUGUCUAUAGGGAGCCCUCUGGAGAGCUCCCUCUUGUGUAGACCCUUCCACCAGCAGUGGCAUGAGCAAUACUUUGCAGGGCUGCACCUCUUUAUAACGAGCUUGCGUUCGAUGUGGCUUUGGUGUAACGCAGCGGCCUUGCUCGUGCCACUGCCAGGAGGCAGGGAUUCGGCCACCCACUUCCCUGCUGAGCUGCUGUAUUGGAGGCGGAAAUAUCCACAUUGUCCCACCAGACCUAUUUUAAUCCACUUGGUAACUGUUUGGAGAUGUCAUAGUUGUGCAAUGUAUACAAGAAUGCCAUAUGUACCAAUUUUUUGUAUGCAUAUUUUAAGUUAUGCUGUGCGUGGCACAAUGUGUUUUUAGAAGCUUCACGGGAACGUCUGCCAACAAUGGUUGAUGUAAUGGUGCCGGGAAUUGUGAAAUUCAUCACAACCGGACCUUGAACGUUGGAAUGCUCGUGGCCGGGUACAUUUUUAUAAUCCUGUUUGGUUGCUGCACUCUUGGGUGGGGAGCAAGUGCUGGAGUUCGACUGCUUGUAUGGGUCAUGUCUCGGAUGCAUGGACUUGCAAUGUCUAAAAGCAAUUAACGCAACAUAAAUUUUUACUGAUUUAUUAAUGGUGCAAUAAACUUUU